UUUUGAAAAUAAAUGGAAAGUUGGCACCCCUAUGUAGAAUUGAAUACUAUACAAAUUACCAAUAUGUGUUAUUUAACGUGAAAAUAAACAUCCGAGAAUUGAGAGGCCAGCCACCUAUGACACGUUCUAUCUAAAAACAAAAUCAGCAAGUCACAAGCAAAGAACGACAGAGUUAAACAAUUCAUGAAGCUAAAAAUCAUGUUAGUUUACUGCUCACAAAAGCAGCCCCAGCUGGGUACGCAAUUCAUUCAAUCAUCGAGCGGUGUUUCUUCGCGCGCUUCGUCGUUUUGUUUACUCGGAGCGCCUUGUUCUUGAGACCGACAAAAAAAGAUAAGCCAGAGCUCACGGAUAUACAGAAAGAAGAGGCGUAUUUGGGAUAAAUGUCUGAGAAGCUGAAGCAGUGCAGGCAGGGGCUAGCUGCAGCAUUAGACCGUGCGUUAGAGGAUGUCACCAUAACACCCCCCAGCAUCAAACAUCCACCCUACCCUUUAUACCCUCACAGCAAAUCCAAAGAAUCUGAGUCUCCUGCAUAUCUAGAAACAAGGGCUGAGCUCCAGCGAAGAUCUCUCCCUGUCUGUUCACCUGGGCCCAUGGUGUACCUCCCUACUGCGAUCCCUAUGGACCUGCAUAGAAACUCCUCCCGUUCCUACAGCUGGCCCAUCUCAUUCAAAGAGGCUUUACCCACAAGGCAAGAGACUUCCAGCCAUUGCAAGGUGGACUGCCCAUCUUCAAGCAACACAGAGGAAGCUUUAACUCAGGAUCUGCUAGAAAUUAUAGAAAGUUCUGGUAUACAGACAUUGGAGGAUCUUGUGGGGAAGCUGGAGUUUGAGAAUGAGUUAAACCGGGUGUGUAAUAAUCCCAGUCAACAACAAGGGGGCAGCCUUUCACAGAUGCUGGAAGAUAAUGUCGUCAACCUGACUCCCAGAACAUCUGAAGACAACAAUAUGAUUGAGGCUGUGUUGGAUAUGGAGCAGGAGUAUGAUUUAUCAGUGUAUUACAGCAAUCUCUUAUCAUAGCACUCACAAGCGCAGAACCUCUACAGGUGAAACAGAAACCUAUCGAUUUGGAAAGCAAGGCCAAUUUCAAGCAAAGAUGGUACUACCUUUUUUUUUGCAAUUCAUAAAAAUACUUUAAUAGUAAAACAGGUGGUUUAGAAAGUUCAUGGGCUAGAACAAAAAAAAAGUUAAUUUCAUUAGCUUCAUUAAAACCAUGAGUGUUUUGGUAGAUAAGCAUUGUUUCUAUAAUGUAUGUCAGCACAGUAACAUAUACCCCUCACCUUGACAUUUGAUCCUACACAGUAAGAUUUUUUUUUUUGUUUUAAAUCUUUGCCAGGGUUAUAUGCUGCUAAUUUAUUAAUGUCAGGAUAUCUGUAACAAUUGGUUAAUAUAUUAUUUAUUUGUGUAAUAAAUUCAACCUAUUGUAUUA